CCCUGAUUGGCUGUGACAUUUGUAUUUGUUUAAGUGCGGCGCCUGACCAGGAAGGGACGAUCAUUUGUCGUUUGCAAGCAAAAGCGCAAUGGGGCUUUACCUUUGGACAUUGCUGUUCACAAUCAUCCACGUAAUCCUGCUUGGGAAUUUCACCUUCUGUAUACCAGAGGCGGAGCACAUGUGGGGCAAGUGCAUCACGAGCAGGAAGGACAAAAUUCACGUGACCUGUCCUCUCGGCUACGUCAUCUACCGCCCGGUCUUCUACGUCGCUGCGCACACGCGUCACGACAAAGAAUCCUGCGGCUUCUCGGCCACCGACUGUCACGGACAAGCACGUGACACGAGCGUUCAGAUAAACAAGUGUCUUUGGGAAAACACCUGCACAUUGAGAUGGCAUGAGCACAUGCCUAUUGUGAAAUCAUCCAACUCCAGCUGUGUAGGAGUCACCCCGAACUACGUCGCCUUCAACAAUCCACUUUGCCUUCCCUCAGACAAACUCUACGACAUCUGCGACUACAACGCUUCUGUCAUUGACGCCGACUCUGGUGUCCUUAGCAACCGUCAGUCGUCGCUUCACAGCUACAACGAUCGUGGGUUGUGGCGGUCGUUCUGUGGUCAGACUGAGACCCAAACCCAAUCAGACACUUCAGUGACAGUCGACGCUGCCACUCACUGCAACGAAGGCUCCUUCAGGCUGAGUUAUGUUCCCUCGAGUGGUCACGAGCAACCACUUGCAUGCGGGACCCGUCUUCACUCCAUCUUUGCUGUGACGUCAGGAGAGAUCGUGGUCGACUUCUUCUCACACCUCGGACAUGGCGGAUCGGACGAGACUUUCGUUAUCCUGUUUGAGCAAAAGCCAUUUCAGCAUCAAACACAGGAAAUUUUGCUUGGGGACGACGCCCGUGUCAUAUCAACGUUUGGAGAAACUUCGUUUAAUGUGCGAGCCUUCCAUCAGCAGCUGCCUGCCCCUGACGGAGGAGUCGGUGACCCUGAACUGCCCCUGGGGUGGUGUGAUCUUUGACCCACGGGUGCGCAUGGGGUCUUCGGGGUGGGACCGGAGCUGCAGCGCGGUGAAUGGUGACUGUGUGGGGGAGACCCCCAACUCUCUGGUGCAGCGCUUGCAGUGCUACUGGCAGCCCACGUGUCGGAUGUCAUGGCAACGGGGCAUGCCGAUUCUGAGAGUGACUCACGAGCGAUGCUUGGCUCGCCUGCCGGACUACUUCGACCUCGUCGGUGCCUCGUGUGUGCCAAAAGAAUCCGUGUACAACCUCUGUGACAAAGGAAUUGGAGGAAAUGAACCUCACAAGCGCCAUCUUGCUGAGCCACGAGGAUUACCCGUGGAACUACGAAACGCACCCUCUCACGUGCCAAAAGCGACUGCGAGUGCACCGGAAGUAUGGACUGCGCAUACUCAGCAACCACCUGGACUUACCUCCUCGAUCAAAGAACGGGGAUCUGUUAAGACUGUGGGAUGUCAGCGAGAAUAACCGUCGAACAUUGCGAAAGGAUUUUGCCGGAAAUGAUGUUUUGGAAGAAACUUUUCUGUCGGGCUGCGUGGACAUCGAGUUCAGAAAGGGAAAACACUCCAUGCAUGGACAAGGCUUUGCUCUGAAACUCGAACCUGUUGUCCCCAUGACAGGACCUGUGGAUCCUGACUUCUAUGACUGUGGCAGUCUGUCUGAUACAA